UAAAAAUUAAAAAAAAAACAUUAUUUGUUUAGAUAUUUUUAUUUUUGUUGAGUGAACUGUAAGCCUCGCAGCUUUAAACACAUUUGAAAACGCGUUACAUAAAAAUUAAAUUAAUUAUUAAUUUUAAAACCACACUUUUCAGAACAAAAAUUAAAAAACAAUUAUCGUUACUCGGCGUAUAUAACAACAAAUAUACGAAGCGUAAUUAAAACAAAACGCAAAAUAUCGGAAUAAAAGAGCAAAACCAGCGUACAACGCUUAAUUAAACGCGUCGUUGGCGACUUUGCACGCUUUUGCAGCAGCCAAACAGCAGCGUUGUUGUGCAUUUCAUGUGCCUUUAACGAUUUUUUUCUAUAUUUCGGGUGAUAUUCAUAGCCGUUAAUUUUAUUCGUAUAUAAUUGAUGGGAAUCAUCAAAGCGGAACUACUAGAUCAGUUAGUCUAAUCAGCUUUAAUUUAUACAUAAAUAAAACCGAACUAGCAAUUGAUAAUAACAAUAAUAAAGAGAGAACGCAACAGAACCAGUGAGCGGAAAGAGAGAGAGACUAUAUAAUAAGGAGAAGUUAUUCAAGGCUUGUGAUUUAUUUUGAGCUGACAAAAUGACAGGUUUCAGCAACGGAGGUUUCGAAAACGACGAACCAGUGAAGCCAAAAGCUGGUUUUGAGCCAGACACAGCAUCACUCAGAGAGAAAGUUAUUUUAAAUCCGGGCGAAAAAUGGCGCAUUUUGAAAAAUAUCACCAUCAUAUCAUUUGCAUUCAUGGUACAAUUCACAGCGUUUCAGGGCACGGCCAAUUUACAGUCCUCGAUUAAUGCCACAGAUGGCUUAGGCACUGUGUCGCUGAGCGCCAUUUACGCGGCGCUCGUCGUCUCAUGCAUCUUCCUACCCACACUUAUUAUACGCAAAUUGACUGUGAAAUGGACGCUGGUCUUCAGUAUGCUGUGCUAUGCGCCGUACAUUGCCUUCCAAUUGUUCCCAAAAUUCUACACAUUGGUUCCUGCUGGUAUUCUAGUCGGUUUGGGUGCCGCGCCUAUGUGGGCAUCUAAGGCCACCUAUUUGACACAGGUCGGUCAAGUUUAUGCGAAAAUAACCGAACAAGCUGUGGAUGCGAUUAUUGUGCGAUUCUUCGGCUUCUUCUUCUUGGCCUGGCAAACGGCCGAACUGUGGGGAAAUCUGAUCUCGAGUUUGGUGCUUUCGAGCGGCGCUCACGGCAGUAGCGGCGAUACCAACACAACCAUCACCGAAGAUGAUCUGCAAUACUGUGGUGCCAACUUCUGUGUGCAAGCCACCAAUGGACAUGGCAACUUGAACCGCCCACCAGAUAAUGAAAUCUUCGAAAUCACCAUGAUCUACUUGUCUUGCAUUGUUGCCGCUGUUGCCAUUAUUGCCAUCUUCUUGGAUCCACUUAAGCGUUAUGGUGAGAAACGUAAGGGCUCACAGUCCGCACAAGAAUUGUCCGGCAUGGAAUUGCUAUCGGCUACCUUCCGUCAAAUGAAGAAACCCAACCAACAGCUGCUCAUACCAAUCACCGUUUUCAUUGGCAUGGAACAGGCUUUCAUCGGCGCUGAUUUCACACAAGCUUAUGUAUCGUGCGCUUUGGGUAUUCAUCAAAUUGGUUUCGUGAUGAUCUGUUUCGGUGUGGUCAAUGCCAUAUGCUCAAUUCUCUUCGGUUCGGUGAUGAAAUAUAUUGGACGUCUGCCCAUUAUUAUACUCGGCGCAGUCGUGCAUUUCACACUUAUCUCCGUGGAAUUGUUCUGGCGCCCGAGUCCCGAAAAUCCACUCAUCUUCUACGCUAUGUCUGGUUUGUGGGGUGUCGGCGAUGCUGUAUGGCAGACACAAAUUAACGGUCUAUACGGUCUACUCUUCCGUCGCAACAAGGAAGCGGCCUUCUCCAACUACCGUCUCUGGGAAUCAGCCGGUUUCGUUAUCGCCUAUGCAUAUGCUACAACAUUGUGUGCGCGCAUGAAGCUUUAUGUGCUUUUGGCUGUGUUGGCUUUAGGAUGCAUCGGCUAUACUAUUGUCGAGAUUCUAUACAGAAGAAAGCAACGCAAGCUGAAGAAACAAGAGAAAUUGGAGGCUGCCGCCAAGGAGAAGGAAGCCGCUGCCGCAGCAGCCGCCGCCGAGGCUAAUGCCACCGGCGAAGUGGAGGAGACCGACGAUGAGUUGGAUGAUCUCGAAGAGGAUAUUGUUGUGACGCAUUUCUAAGUCUAUCACCGCAUACAUAAACACACACACAAACACAUACUCAUACAUUCACGCAUCUGCAAAACAAAUACGCCUUCCAUAAAGUCAAGCAUCCAAGCAUGUAUGUAUGUAUGUACAAUGCAUAUAUGUAUGUAUGUAUGCAUGUGAAAGUUUGCAUCGGUGUUGGCUAUAAAAGCUCCUUGCUGAAAACUUGCGAGCACCACAAGUCACACACCCACACACACAUUUAUAGAGACACUCAAACGAUGAAAGCUUUUGUUUUUGUUUGUUAAUCUCGUAUGAGAGCUUUUAAGUGUUGGCGUGUAAGCGUGUUUGAUAACUUUUUUGUUUCUUUAUUUAGACUACAAGAAAAGCUCUUUUAUAAAAGGGCGCGUAAAUGCAUGUAUAGAGAGACAGGGAAGAGCGCUUGAGACGCCGGCGUGCGGCUUAACACAAAAAUGUGCAUAAGUCAAAAAUUAAUUUUUGAAUUUCGAAAGUGACUUUUUGCUAGCAAGCACACGUUUCAAGCAGUUUUCCCCUCACCCAGUUGUUACUUUGUUGAAUUGUAUACAAUUUUGCAUACAAAAAGACACAAGUUUAAAGUAAAUAUUAGCAGAAGUAAUAACAGUUAUUAUUAUUGAAAGUAAUGUGUUAUAAUGAUUAGUAGUUAUUUAGUUCAAUAAGUACAAUAGAAACAUUGCGAACACUUACACAAGCACACACAUACACACACAACACACGUUAACAUAGAAAAAGACCACUCAUAUCACAUGAUAAUAAGCUUACAAGCCAAGUAAGCGCAAAUUGUAAAUAACUAAAACCGAAAAGUAAUAAACCGAAGUGCGCACAGAAGAACGGAGUUACCAGUAAGAACUGUAGAAAACGAUAAAAGACGAAGAGAAAUUGUUUAAGAAAAAAAAAAUAUUUUAAACCAAAACUGUACAAAAACAAAAGCUGCGCAAAAUGAGAGAUAGAUUUUUGAAAAAGAAAGAAGUUAUGGACUGUGAGGCUAAUGGUGUGUUGUUUAAUGCCCAAAGGCACGCACACCAACGGCGCUUACAAAAUAAAUGAACAAAAACUAAAUAAAAACACUGUAAACUGUUAAUAGACGUGCCUAUGGAAAAGGCGUUACAUAAUUGCAAAACUAAAAUUCGCACAAAAAUUUUGUGAAAAAAUUUCCUUAAAGAAGACAAAACGAAAAUGUAAAAGUAUGCAAGCUAUUGCCCGAAGAAAAUGGCAAAAACAAAGUUAUAAUACACUUACAUACAUAUAUAUACAUACAGAUAUACAUAAAUGAUAGUUUUAAGGUAACCGUUAUGCUCGUAAGAACCCCCUAGUAUAAAGUAUAUAGGUAUAAAAUGUGAAAUCAACGCUCAAACAUUAACAAAAAUAUUUGCAAAAAAAGAGAGGCACAAAUUAUUAGAAGUGCUAUUUAAAGAGAAAAAGAAAA